CCAAUACGAGAGGAUUGUGACGAUGAAAGGUGGAAAUAUUUCAAGGUGCCCUUGAUGGUACAAUGAUUCUAGUUAAUGUUCCUUGUGAUGAUCGACCCAAAUAUCGCACUAGAAAAGGCACCAUUGCUAUGAAUGUUCUAGGAGUAUGCUCACCUGAGAUGGAAUUUACAUAUGUCUUACCCGGUUGGGAGGGAUCGGCACAUGAUUGUCGGAUUCUUCGAGAUGCUAUUUCUAGGCCUAAUGGGUUGAAAGUUCCUAAAGGUAAUACGAUUGACAUAGUAGACUUUAUUUGAGAUUAACUUAGUAAGAGAGUAAUUUUGUUUUUUUUUUGAAUUUGUCAAGGUUGUUAUUAUCUAUGUGAUGGAGGAUAUACUAAUAGAGAGGGAUUCCUUGCACCAUAUAGAGGGCAUCUUUAUCAUCUUAAAGAAUGGAAUAAUGGCCCCCGACAACCUCAAAACGCUGAAGAAUAUUUCAACUUAAGGCAUGCGAAAGCUAGAAAUGUGAUUGAGAGAUGCUUUGGGUUACUCAAGGGAAGAUGGGGAAUUCUUAGAAGUCCUUCUUGGUUUAGUUUAAAAACACAUGGUCGAAUUGUGCUUGCUUGUGCCUUAUUACAUAACUUGGUAAAAAGAUACAUGCUUGCAGAAUUUGAUGAUGAUGACUUGUAUGAGGAAAGUGAUAGUGAUGAUGAUGAUGGUGAUGCUAGUGAUGAAGAUGAUGUGGAUUACAUAACUUCCAUUGCUGUAACCGAUCCAUGGACUAAUUUUCGAAAUACAAUGGCCCAAAAUAUGUUUAAUGAGUGGAGGGCUAGAAACCGCAGACUUAGUUCGUGAUUUUAUUUUUUACAUGACCAAACUUUUUUAUUGUUAUAUUUGAACUUCAGACUAGAAUGCUUUUUUCAAUUUCGAUCUUGUACGUUUUUCUGUUUACAUUAAGUCAUGGAUGUUGUAUUGGACUUAUAUUAAUUUCCUUUUUUACUUAAAUUGAACAAUUUUUUUGGUUAAUUUUAUUCUUAUAUAUAUGCAAUCCUCUUAUGUAUAUUCUUAUGUAUAUGUCAUGUUAAUAUGGUUCAAAUGUUAUAGUAUUAUGGAAGAAAGUAGUGCAAGUGGAGGUGGAAGGGGGAGAAACAAACGAUUUUGGACCGCUCAAGAAGAUGAAGUCCUUGUGGAAGCAUUGUCAGAGCUAGCUGUAGAUCCUCACUGGAGGUGUGAAAAUGGAUUCCGAAGCGGCUAUAUGGUUCGCUUGGAGGAGGUCAUAGGUAAGGCUCUUCCUGGUUGUGGUUUAAAGGCUACACCACACAUUGACUCUCGGAUUAAGACACUUGGAGCCAAGUUUAGGGCUAUUUCUCAAAUGUUAAAUACAAGUGGAUUCGUUUGGGAUGAUGAAAAAUAAAUGGUUUCUGUGGACCGGGCUGUUUAUGACGAGUUUUGCAAGGUACACCCCCUUUUAAGGUCCUUUUAUAGUGAGUAAUCUGUUUUUUUUUUUUUUUUUUGUUGAAAUUCAUGGAUUGUUGAUUACAUUGGUUGAUUGCUAUGAGAUUAUAAUUGUUCAUUGGAAAAUAUGCCUAGUCAAAUUGAACCAACAUUUAGAAAUAUAUGGUUGUUGCAUUUGAUAUGACUGUAUGUUGUGUAUUUGAUGUUGUUGAUGAGCAUUUUUAUGUCUUCCAGAGUCAUCCUAAUUGCAAAAAUUUGUAUGGAAUUUCUUUCCCCCACUUUCAUGAACUCGAGAAAAUUUAUGGCAAGGACUAUGCUACUGGAAAACCAGCUGAAGGUUUUGCUGAUGCAGUCAACAACUUGGAAAAAGUUGCCCCUCCACAAGUUACACUUGAUUCAAGUGAUGAUGAGGAUGUUCUAGGUAGUGGUAAUGUCACUCAAACUGUUACCUCUCCUCCUUAUAAAAAGAUCAAGACUGAAAACACUACAAAAAAAAGUAAGAGAGGAAGUGGUGGUGCCGGAAGUUCUAAUGAGCUCGCUAGCUUACAAGCAUUUAUGAAAGACAUGAAUGUUCAUCUUUCCACUAUGGCUACUGUGAUGGCACGCACUGAUGAUCGUGAACAACGUGCGGAUGAAAGAGAGCAAAAAUUAGUUGAAAAGAGUGAACAAGUGCUAGAGGAACUACUCUCUUUUAAUCUUGAAGGUGUCACUCCUACCCAAGUUUUUGAAGUGGCUAACAUUCUAACCGCACAACCUAACAAGCUCAUGAUAUUUUCAAAGUGUCCGGAUGCUUUGAAAGGUGCUUAUGUUAAGAGUCUUCUUGGAGGAAGCGGUGAUGGUAGUGCCUAAAUAAAUUUUAUGUUAUGGUUUUAUGUAUGGUUUUGUAUUAGGAAGGAUUAUUGGCAAAGACUUUGGUUGAAUGUCAAUAUUAUUAGAAUA